AUGGCCAUAGAACGCUUGAUUUUGGAUGAGACACAACCACAGCAGCAAGAUCACAUUUUGAAAGUUUGUUAUCCAUCUGAUUCUCAACCAACGAUUGAAAAUUUAGUCAACCUGGACACACAAAUUGAAAAGAGUUUUCAAGAUUUUUCUGCAGCAGAAAGAGAUUAUUUGCAAUGUAUUUACAAAUCUGGUCUCCAGAGAUUAAUUCCCUUCCAAAAGCACAAGAAAACCACGCUUGACAUUGUUGUGGUUCUUUGUGCUGAACAAGUUUAUUCCAAAGAUGAUGAAAGUAGAACGAAAUUUAAAUGGAUAUCAGAUAGAUUCAAACUUGAUACACUCAAUAGAACACAAGAUGAAAUAAGAAAGAUCAUGUCUUUAAAGGAGCAAACCAUUUACAAAACUGUGAAAGGUCUUGCGGAUUUCAAGAAGGGAAUGGAAGAUUACUAUUCUAUUUUGGAUUGCAAUGAGGAAGACAGAAUUUCAGUGAAUUAUUAUCUUUGUUUACAAAAAUAUCAUGGGCUAGAUGAAAACUACUUCCCAAAGAUCGAAGAGGACAUGUCAGAAAUCCAGAAAAAGAGAAUUCAAUCAGAAAUUGACUUUACCAACGAAAUUAAUGAAUUAUGUAUGGAAUUUCCAUUCAUUAGAAGAAUAUAUGAAAAGCAAAUAUCUGAUCAGUUUAUCAAGAUUGAACAUCUUGACAGCUAUUUCAACAACUGCCAAAUACUAGACUCUGUCAAACUUCAAAGGAAAAUCAAUUGUAAAUUUUAUGGAGAAGGUAAAUCCAUGAACCAACUGAACAGUGCCAUGUUCCUCAAGGGAAAAUACAUGCUCUCCCUCGACUCCAACAUGGACGCUUACUAUUUCGAAGGUAUCAAAUUCCCAUGCUUGAUGCAAGAAGUCAUGAACUCGAAAAGUCACAUUUUUGGAAUGAGAACUCACACCUACACUGCUUUUACUUCUCAGGUUGGAAAGAACAUGGCCUGUGCUGAGCAUGUCUUUGUGGCCACAUGUUACAAAGCCAUGUGUCUGCUCGGCAGUAGAUUGCACUAUGGAAAUGCCGAUAUUUUAGAUAGAGAAUUCUUUAUUGAGAAGGGUUUAUUUGCAGAUGCGGAUCGAUAUCUGAAUUUGAGUGAGGAUGUGUUUCUUGGAAAGAGAUGUCUUAAAUUUGGAGGAAUUAUUCGAUACUCUGAGGGUGUUACGUUUGGUAAGGGAAGAGAAACUAACCUGAAGGAAUCUGCUGGGUUCUAUACAAAGAUUGCUGGAGGUGCUGCCAUGCAGUCGAGUUCAAGUAUCGAAUACGAAUUGAAUAGUUCAUUGCCUCUUUGUAUGUUGAUGCCACUCUAG